AUGCGAGACAAUAUAGACUACAUAGUGGUCCAAAUCACUUUAGUAGAUUCCACAAAUAUUCCGAGCCCUAUAGGCGACCAAAGUCCUAUAGUGAAAUCCCUCACAACUACGUACCAAAGAAUUGAUCUCGUUGAAGGCGUGAAUGAUUCUAUGGACCUUUGUAAUAAAAUCCCCAAUUUUUAUCGUCUGCUUGAUUUUUGCGUAGACACGGGGUCAACUGAAUUUGCUGUUGAAAAGAUAGUUAUUUCGCAAGAAUUCUUGAAGAAACUUUGUAAUGAUAUGGUUCCGGGUAGUUAUGAAUCAACCUCCAAG